GAUCUUGAUCCUAUUCUCUGCCCACCUUGUCAUGAAGUAUCCUUUGAUCUCAUCCAACAUUGUUACUAUUGGUUUCUCUCUGAAUUGCAGGAUGGUUGAGUUGAAGGUCUUUGACAUAUUGUUUAACAAGACAAUGAAGCCUGCUCCAAGACGACCUAUGACAAGGUCAAGUAACAGGAUGAAGAGGACAGUUCAACCUAAGGGCUGUAGUGGGAUAAUGAAUCUAGAUUCCAGUGAUGAUGAAGUUCUCGACAAUUUCAUGGCCAGUUUCGAAGGUAGUCUUCAGGGUACUGCUGGUAGGUCUGGUGUUGUUGCUGGUGGAGGUGGUGGAGUUGCUAGUGAGGGUAAUACUGGUGGAGGUGGUAGAGCUGGAAAUGUUAAAACUAGAGCUGGUAAAGCUUGAGUUAGAACUAGAGGUCAUUGCUGCUGGCAAAGGGAGUAAGAAUACUGGUUUCAGUAAUAGUCCUGGUGAGGUUAAUGUUGAUGGUUCUGGUGACAAUAAUGUUGAUGGUUAUGUUUGGGGUAAUCAUGAUAGUGGGGUGAUCAUGCUGGUGGGGAGGAUGAUAAUGAGGAUUCAAAUAUUAGAGAGGUUUAUAGAUGUGAUGAUGAUGACAUUUUAUUGUUCGAUAAUGAUAGUGAUUGGGAAAUAAGAAUGCGUGUUAAAGGGAAUCCUAAAUUCAUGCAUGAUGAUAAUAGUAAGGAGUAUGUAUUUGAGCUUGGAAUGGAUUUCUCUACCCUUAAGGAGUUCAAGGACGCUGUUAGGAGUUGUGCCAUUAAGGGGGGUAUCCUAUUAUAUUUCAAAGGAAUGAGAAGUUUAGAUACAAGUGAAGUGUGAUUUAGGUUGCCUAUGGGUGAUCUGGUGUUCUAAAAUAACUGGAGAGGCUACUUAUCAUAUUAAGACUUAUGUGAGCAAGCAUAUGUGCAAUAGAACAUUAGACAACAAGCAAGCAAACAGUUCAUGGCUUGGUAGAAAGUUGGUGGAUAAGCUGAGAGGGGAGCC